AUGACUCAGGCUGAAAACACAGCUAGUAGUGAGGGCAAAAAGACCUCAUCAACUGCAAAUGACAGCUCUGAGAUAUUUCAAAUGAUGAAUCUAGUGCAGGUCAUUAAGGUGUCUGUGUACUCUGCUGAAUCAAUCAUCAACUCACUCAUCAUAUGGUAUAGCAGGGCUAGAUGUCAUAUUGCAGGUGAUCAAUCACAAUUUUUCCAAAUAACAGAGGUUAGUGGCUCUACAAUUCAAGUGGUCAAUAAGGCUACUUUGAAGGUUCAAGGGAUUGAAAUUGCCCCUAUCUCAGUCAGAGAAAGAUUAAUUGAAUUUGACCACAUCUAUUUGAUGUCAGACUUAUCUGCCAACCUCAUAUCUGCUAGUCUAUUGAAGCACCAGAGCUAUAUUUACUGUGAUCUGCAGGUGAACACUGGAAAUUACUUUGAGAUAAUAGCAUCUACAGAAAAUGACAUCUUCUAUAUGAAUUUGAAUCCCAAUAAUAUAUAUGUUCUAUCUGACACUCUCUCUAUGUUCAGGGGUAUUAUGAAUGAUCUAGAGCUUGGACCACUGGCAUACUUGACAGUCUCAAAGCCUAGAGUGAUAUCAAUAGAUUAUGAUCUGAAUGCUAUAUCACUGAGUCUUUUCAACUAUGAUGAUAUGAAGCAGCUAAUUAACCUGAAGAAUCUGAAUACUAAUAUCUUCAUUUUAUCCCUAUCAAUAUAA